AUGGAAGCCACUGAGGUGGGGGGCCCCAAUCCAUCAGACCCCCAGGGCCAUCUCUUGCUCAGUAGCCAGCAGCUGGGGGGUGGUCUCAGAGGGUCCCAGGGACCAAGGACAAACUCAGGAUACUUCAGCCAGGGGUUGUCAUUAUCCACCGAGCCCAUCACUGAUGGUACCUGUGGCCCAGCCUCCCAGGCCCACCCCGCAGAGCCCAUUCAUCACCUACUCUGGGGCCCUGCUGAGGUCAGUUCCCAGUGGGACUAUGAGCCGGCUGCCCAGGGUGCCCUGAGGCUCUCCACCAGCCCAUUUUCAAGCCCCAUCACAGGAACCCAAACGCAUCUCACAGAGAGUAGGACCCUGGCCCCACCUGUGUGCAUGCACAGUGACAGCACCAGUGACACGGCCCAGCAUGGGCCCUUCCAGCUUCAGACGCCUGUUGUGGGGGGUGGCAAGGCUCCUGCUAAGGUCUUGAUAGGCUGGGGCAAAGGCUACUGCAGCCCCAGUCAGACUGCCCCCUCAGGCAACAGGAAGAGCCAACGGCUACCCUCUCCGGAUGCAACCCCAAAGCCGGCAGCACUUGAACCUUACACCUGCAGCCCUGGCUACCCGGCUGAUACCUCUGCCAUCACCAAGGGCCUGUCCCAAGACCUCCAGCUCAGGAAGGGUGGCAUCCAAAGGCUGGGCAGCCCAACACCAGGCCCACGCCCCCCGGGUACCCCCAAGUCCCAGAGAAGCAGUGAGGAGCUCCACAGCUCUCAGCCACACCAACAGCACCCCAGUCACUUCAGCAGCAUCUGCUCCACCGCACCGCUGUCCAACUGCCAAGUCACCUGCCACAGGCAACCCUCGGACCCAUCUCCCAGGGAUGCCAUGCAGAGCCCCACCUCCUGCAUGCCUACCUGCCGGUGCCAGGAUGCUGGGGAAGACUGUGUGCUGGUGUUCAAUAUGGCCAUGGGCAACACGAGGAUGGGGCUGCUGUGCCAGGACCCCAUGGGCUCACAGGCGGCACUGGUGGUGCUCCUGCCCUGCCACCCAGCCAUCUAUGCCCCUGAAAAUAUGCUGUCCACUUGGCCGUUGCCCAUGCCCAUCUCCCCUAACAAUAAUCACUCCAGCGUCCGGCCCACCUCACCCAUGCUGUCCAGCCCUGUGCCCCCCAGCCUCUCAUCUGGCAGCCACAGAGAGGCGGCCCUGGUUCCCAAGGAGGCCAGGCUCCACCUGGAUCCUGGCUGGUCCAACCCUGAUGCUGAAAAAAAUGAACCUGGUCACGCCAUCUGCGUGCUGGGUCCCUCUAGCAUGCAGGACACCUCCACAGUACAGCCCAAGAAACUGCAGUGGGAAGGUGAGUCUUUGGGCCUGCCUACCCAUGUGGGGGUACUUUGGGUGCCCCUAGGCCCUGAGGAGACCUGUGCCUCUGUGGGCAGAGAAAAGGGGGACAUCAGUGCUAUCCGAGGCUCCAACACACAUCAGCUCUUGUCCUGGCCACCUGGCAGCUCCACUGGGACCCAGGAGGAGCAGCUUUCUCUCAUCACAGUCACCACCUCUGGCCCUGGUUGCAAGGUCCUGCCCAUGGCCAUGGUGGGCACUGAGCCCCAGGAGCCCCAGUUCAAGCUGACAGCUGAGGACCUCACACACUCAUCGGUGGUCACGCACCUUGGCCUGCUCCAUGGGGCCUGCUAUGAGCUGGUGCCCAUGGACGCCCUGCCAGUGUGGUCUCCACAGCUCUGCCGCCCCCCACCGGGCCCCCGCCAGGACAUGGUGGCCGUGGUGAUCGACACAGGCACAGGCUUCACCAAAAGUGGACUGACUGGAGAGGACCAUGUCCUCAGUGUGGUGCCUUCAUGCGUCCAGCUGCUGCAGUCUCCAGCCCAGGGCCGGCCCGGGUACGCGAUGCCUGAGGACUGAGCGGGCUCCCACUCGGUGCUGGAUCAAGGAAUGGUCUGCAACUGGGACGCACUGGAGCAGCUAUGGCAGCACCUGUUCUCCUGCACGCUGGGCAUGCAGCCUGAGGGGUUGGCAGUGCUAGUGGCCAAUGUGCCCACCUCGCCACACACCACCCGAGAAAAGGUAGCUGAGAUACUCUUUGAGUGCUUCCAUAUGCUGGCCAUGCAGACAGUGCAUCAGGCCCUGCUGGCACUCUAUGCCUAUGGGUGCACCACUGGGCUGGUGCUGGAGUCCUACGUGGCGCCCAUCCUCACUGGGGAUCUGGCCCCACUGGACAGACCGUUGGAUGUGGCUGGUGCCAACCUCACCAAAUACCUGACUCAGCUGUAGCUAGCAAGUGGCCACUCACCACCCACGGCUAGGCUGGUCAGCCAGAUCAAAGAGGCCUGCUGCUACGUGGCCAGGGAUAUGACAGCUGAGAUAGCCCGCACCCAGGCCCGCCGGGUGGGCGUCGUGCUUCCAGACAAGCAGGUCAUCACGCUGGGCUCUGAGCGCUUCUGCUACCCUGAGGCCCUCUUUCAGCCCAGUCUAACAGGCCUCAACAAGCCCGGCCUCCCACAGCUAGCCCUCCUCAGCGUUAGCCAGCUGGAGGCCAAGCAGCAGGAGCAGCUGCUGGCCAGUGUGGUGCUGGACGGCGGCAGCACUCUGCUCACUGGCUUUCCCGAGCGCCUGUGGCAGGAGCUGGGUCCCGGGCCCUGUGCUGGGCUCCCCCACGGUGCUAUUGCCGCCUGGCUUGGAGGCUCCAUCAUGGCAUCAGACUCCUUCCAGAACCUGUGGCUCAGCCUCCAUGAGUACGAGGAGGAGGGCCCGUGGGCCAUCUACAAGUACCGCCUGUGA